AGGCGAUGGCGGGAGCGAGGCGCGCGCAGCAAACAGCACGUAAUUUCCAGCCGUCUGUGAUGUUUGAAGGCUCUGACUGUGUGGAGGAGACAGAGGGAGUGAAGGCUGAGAGCAGUCUGGUCUCGUCCGUCUCCGCCUGUAAGAAGGUGCUGUGCAGUAACAGUGUGCUAGACUCGUCGGAGUACUGGCUGAAGAACGAUAAAACACUCUGCAGAGUCGGCUUCCUGGAGGACCAACACGAGGGGGGCUGCACUAUUUGUUUUGUGAGUUUGGACACACACACAUCUGACCGGCAUGACAGCAGCUGCCUCAAGAAGUUGGCGUCGGUGUCUCCGGAUUUGCCGCGGCUGGUGGAGUGUGUGGGCAUGCGGCCUCUCAAAGAGCACGAAAUCCUCCUGCUGACCGGCCUGGAGUCACCUGACGUCUGCCAGCAUGACCCCGCCUACACACAGAGUCACAGAGCUGAUGUGUGUAUGGUUCAGAACGCCAGUGGGCGUCGCCCGUCUCAGCCAAACAGCAUCGUCCUUCAGAUCAACAAGUUCCUGAUUGGUCUGCAGUCCGGCCAGGAAAGACAGCGGCACAGCCGAUUGGCUGGACAGCGCGUUUCCGAUGACGACACCAAUCGUUCCGUAUCGUCAAUAGAGGAGGACUUCCUGACCGCCUCCGAGCAGCUGGGGGAGGACAGCGAGGACGACCCCUUCAGAAACGAUGCAGACGGUGGUCUUUCAUCAGAUGCAGUGGAGUUGCUGAGGUCAGGACACAUUCGGAGGAAAAGUACAGUGGAGAGAGAGGACAGUGAGGACUCAGAUACACUGUGCGCCUCUUCAAAGUCACAUAAACUCUCCAGGGCUUCUUCUGCGCCAACCAGAGGCAGCGCCGCUCCCAAACACAUCAGCCGACGAACCAAAGAGUCAGCCGGACAUUACGCCACCAACCUCGCUGAGUCCGUUAUGCAGGACGCCUUCAUCCACCUGUCUCAGGACGAGCCGUCUUUCACCCCAGAAGCAGCAGUUAGCAUCUCCAGUUCGCCACAGAAAGCAGCUGGCAUGCGGCAUCAUACGGACGAGCCCCCAAGGGCAAGAACUUGCUCUUUUGAACUCCCAAAAAUCGUGAUCGUACAAAGUCCCGAUAACUGUGAAGAAGCAGCUGAGUGGCCUGGCACGCAGUCCGAACAUCAGGGAGUUCAUAAGAGCGUAGCUGAGCCGGUAGCGCAAUCACACUCGCAUCUCUCACAUGGCUCUCCAAAAAGACACUCGGCUAAGCCGGUGGAAGUAGCACUAGCAUGCGCUGCUAGCGUCAUCGGCACAAUCAGCACCCCACAGGUCACAGAGAGGCUUACACUUGAAUCAGGAGAUGAGGACGAUGUUGAUGAGGAUGGAGGCAGCGAGACCGAACAAGGGGACUACUCGGUCUCUUCCGCCGUGUGCGGCAUGGCUCAGAUGGCCGGAGCAGUAGCCGUGGUGGACCUUACUGAAGAUUCUGCUGAUACUGAAGACUCAGGUGAGAUGUUUUCAGCAUCUUUGGGGCUGCUGUCCGCGGCCCAGGCCUCCACGGCCAUCCCGCUGCAUUGCAGCGUAGCAGAAGGCACCUGUCUGGAAACGUUCAGGGCCAACGUGGCCGAAGUUCUCCUGAGAGAGGCUUCAGCAGUGCUAACCCACAAACAAAGCUACACUAGCAUAGCAAACUUCCUGGAGACUAUGCAUAACAAGAUCGUGGAUGGGAUCACACGUCCAAGGAGGUCAUACCAGGAGCACCUGGAGGUGGACGAAUUCACACAGGAGGUGGCGGACAGCAUUUUUAAAUACACCCUGGAGAAAGCGGUGAAAAGGAAAGAGCUCGAAGGGAAGGACGCUGUCAACAUGCAGCGUUUUCUCCUAGAGAGUGUGAAUGAUCUGCUCUUUGACGUCCUUUGUGUCACGUCGAGAAAAAUCAAUGACAUUUCAACAUGUAAUCUGGGGUCGGCCGACAGGAGAGGAAGUGAAGCUGGCUCCAAAGAAUGCAAGACUGCCACCAAGCCUGACGAAGAAACAUUAAGCCAAUUACAGGGUUUGACUGAGCACAGCCAGUCUGAUAAUCCCAGUGAGAGGCAGAGCAGCUCUCUUUCGGGAAAGAGAGAGAGAGAGCAGAAGAGCAAUCAGGAGGAGAGAGAGAGUGAAUUAAACUCAAAUGGGAAGGAGUCCUGCAGGCUUGCUCAGAGCAGAAUAAACCGAGCCACGGUGAGGGAACUGGCUGACCUGCAGGGGCAGCUGGCUAAGUGUGAUUGGAGCUAUGACUCCAGGCUUCCCUCGACCGAGAACUCUCCCUUGCACAGCACUCGAGGGAAAACUGGGAGAGAGGGAGAAAUCAGGCAGCAAUCCUUCUCUUCCUCCACAGGAGCACUUGUAGUACCUAAAAUGGAGCCGGGUGAGUGCAAGACUCCAGUCACGUGCUUUGCUGAGGACUUGGCGACAACGGUGGUGUCCAUGGCCACAGAGCUGGCGGCAAUAUGCCUUGAGAAUUCGAGCGGUAAGCAGCCCUGGUUCUGUGCCCUGAAGGGUGGAUCUGAGGGACCAGAAGGGCUUCUACUGCCCUGCCGGACAGCUGCAGCUCUCCGCAGAAAAGAAACUCAAAAUGGCACAGCAGUUGCCAAGAAGCACCGGCCUCCUCGGCUCAGCGAGAUCAAACGUAAAACAGAGGAGCAGCCCGAGCUCAUGGAACGUUUGGUCAACCGUGUGGUUGAUGAGACCGUUAACCUGGACGAUCCAGCAACUUCUGACCCCUUUGCCCUCUUUGCCUCAGAGGUCACAGCACGGAUCAUGAACUGUCCUGAGCUUAACGUAGUGGACACAUCUAAACAGGGCCAGCCCUCCCGUAGCCGGCUGCAGUGCGAGAGGUGGAGCAGUCGAGGCAAAGCGUCAAGCUAUGAAAGCAUCCCAGAGGAGGAUGCAGAUCCUUCUGGAGCACCACACACCCUGGGCCAGGGCAACAGGCUGGGUCACAACCUGAGCCGAGGAAGCUCAAUCUCCAAGCAGUCCAGCUGUGAGAGCAUAACUGACGAGUUCUCUCGGUUCAUGGUGAACCAGAUGGAGACGGAGGGCCGAGAGUUUGACCUCCUGCUGGACUACUAUGCUGGGAAGAAUGCCAGCAGCAUCCUGGCAGCAGCUGUUCAACAGGCGGCAAGCAGGAAGAACGGACACCUCAAUGUCCGGACAUCAUCUUGCCUCUCCAAGCAGUCCAGCACGGAGAGCAUUACUGAGGAGUUUUACCGCUUUAUGCUCAAAGAUAUGGACAAGGAGAACAAAGACUAUGGCAUCACCAAGACCAAAGAGUGGAGCAACAGCCUUCUGCCUCCAACUCCUAGAACUCCUUUCUGCAUCCGCCAGUCCUCCGUUCCGGACAGGCGAUCAUCCGACUCGAGGCUGACCGUAAACUCGCCCAUCAAGGCGAACUCGUUUGACGGAUUUGCCCGAAAUGUUCGCGGUGACUCGCUUAACAUCUACCCAUCCAACUCAGUGUCGUCCACAAGUCUGUGCAAGUCUGACUCUUGCUUGUAUCAACGUGGCCAAACAGACCACAUCACAGACAUGCUAAUCCAUGAGACAUGGGCAAGCUCUAUUGAGUCUCUGAUGCGUAAAAACAAGAUUAUCGCAGAACCUUCGGAGGACAGUGUGGAGCUGGACGCUGCCGACUCCCAGCCCCACGUCCAGCUCUUUGCUAAUCGACUAGCUGCCGACAUUGUGGAAAGUGGCAAGUCGCUAAUGGGAGGUCAGCAGGAAGGAGGAACAGCUUGCCAUCAGAAGCAUGCUACAGUUGGAGAGAAGAGGCGGGGCUUUAAGCAAUCUCGCCCAGGAAGCGGUCACACUCGGGCGAGUAUGGAACAGCAGGAGGUCAGUGAAGGUUCCCAAGGGCCCACAUGUGGGGGGCCUACACGGCUAGGCCAGAGGGAGGUUCCUCUAAUUCACAUUGAGCCAGAUCAAAGGGACGAAGUGUCUGCAGACACGGAGAGGGAACGUGGCCACAGCAGGGAGUCAAACGCCCAGGUCCAACCUCAAAGCAGCAGGGAUAGAGUGCCGGCGAGCCGGAACAGAAACGGGAACAGCAGCACGUCCAGCCUCGGCGUGGCUGACCUGGAGGGCCUUCCAGAAUGCUCCGUCUCCACUGGGCUAAUCAGCGAGGAGAGAGAGAGAAAAGCAGCACAGAGUCCGGAACAAGCAGACGAGGUGACCUCAGGUUUGUCCACAGCGGGCAGUAGCUGUCAGAGGGAGUUGUUGGUGGUGAACUUUGACCUGGGAGUGGACAGUGUGGAUGUGGAGUUGCGGGCGGCUCUGCAGUGGAUCGCGGCGUCGGAGCUCGGCGUUCCGGCUCUUUACUUCCGAAAGACUCAGGAACACAGUCUCGCCAAGUUUCAGAGAGUGGUCCACCUGGCUGGUCAGAAGGCAUGGCGGGUGGGGGAUUUAUUCGGUUUGGUGGUUCAGUUCUGUCAGCUUCAGCAGGACGAGCAGGAAGCAGGCGGAGCAGCUCCGGGUCUGUUCGACUGGCUCCUGAAGACGCAGCGCUAAAACACACAUUCACUCAAACUGGCCACUGACAGACCAGUCAGCAGGACUCUAAACCUCCACUGACCCCUUCAGGUGUGGAGUUCAGCACAGUUCGGGUGAUCUUCCUGCUCAAA